CUCGCAUCCUGGACCGUCAGACCGUGUAGGUUCUGUCUGCAUCACUAUGGACUCGUCCCCGAGAGCCGAGUCCAAUUGUACAUAUUACUUCAACGGUCACUACCCUUCCUAUCAUUAUCACUGCUUGCCUCCAGCUGCGGUGGUCUCGGUCCAAAGGUCCUGGCCCGACCCGGAAAAGACAUCUUUGAGACAUCUGGACCGAAGCAUUAGCUCCCCCAGUUGCUGAUGCGAUCAAGACACAAGUCGGUUGCUCGGCUGGUCUAGCCGUCAUGGACCAAUCUCGUCAGACACGGCGCGGGGUGAUGAGAGACGGCGCGUCGGUAAGCAUUGAAUGAUCCCACCGCUCUGCCGGGUUGCAGGGCCCCCGUCGACCUGGCGCCCGGGGGCUGAGGGCUUGUUAGCCCAAUUCUGUCUUUUACCCGACAAUGCGAGUGGGCACGAUGUCACGGUCAUUCCCACCGCCGUCCUAACAUUCGCGUGGCGUGGAUAUCGAAGGAUUUAUAGCGUCCUUGGCGUACCCUGAUGCCUAGGGAUUCUCAUUAUACAAAUUCAACCGCAUCUCCUGCCCGAAGGCACACUUCAUAGGAUAUGUGAGCUUCACGGGACGUGCAGCUGCUUCCGUGAGUGCAGCGGCAUCAUCAUCAUCAUCACCACCAUGGGCCUCACUCUCCCCUCGCUGCGCCGCGCCACGCUAGUGCUUUUGUCCCUGGCCGUUGUUUCAGGGGCAUCUGCCGACUGCAGCCCGAGUGCAUCGUCGUUUGACUUCAUCAUCGUUGGCGGUGGCACCGCUGGCCUGGCGUUGGCAACAAGACUCAGCCAAGGACUGCCCGACGACUGCAUCCUCGUCGUCGAAGCCGGCUCGCCCGCUCCGGAUGAGCUCGGCAUCAAUGUGCCGGGAAGGAAGGGGAGCACCCUUGGAGGCAGAUACGACUGGAACUUUACAACCACACCUCAACCAGGCCUGAACAGCCGGCGCAUCUCUGCGAAUCGGGGCAGGGUGCUGGGUGGAACCUCGGCCCUCAACCUCAUGACAUGGGACCGCGGAAGCGUUCCUGACUAUGAUGCGUGGGAGGCUCUGGGUAAUCCAGGGUGGAACUUUGAAAACUUCAUCUCCGCCAUGCUCAAGGUCGAAACCUUCGACCGCACGAACAAUCAGUAUGGAGAUGAAGGUGUGGGCUCCGACGGGCCUAUCCAAACUCUCAUCAACCGCUUCGUGCCCCCUCAGCAAGUCGGGUUCAUCCCAGCACUCGAGAGCCUGGGCGUACCGAACAACCUCAACUCGCUUGGCGGCGACCCUCUCGGUGUCAUGCUUCAGCCCAGUAAUAUCCGCGAGUCAAACUACACGCGGUCUUAUGCUGUCGACUACCUUUCUCUUGCGGGCCCGAAUCUGGUUAUCUGGAAUGACACGGUAGUUUCGAACAUCGUGUUGAACAAGAUCAACGGGUCAGACUCUCUGGCUGCCACAGCUGUGAAUAUCGGCGGAAACACCGUGGAGGCCGUGAAAGAGGUCAUUCUGUCGACGGGUGCCUUCCAGACGCCAACCCUGUUGGAGCUGUCCGGUAUUGGAGACCCAUCAGUCCUCGCUGCAGCUGGGAUCGACACCCAGCUUGAGCUGCCUGGUGUUGGAUCGAAUCUGCAGGACCAUCUCCGCAUACAGAACUCGUACAAACUGAAGCCGAACUACACCAUCGCAUUUGAUGAGCUUCGGACCAAUGCCACAUACGCGGCGCAGCAACUGGCUUUGUGGCAAGACAACCAGUACUCGGCAUACGACUACACUGGAAGCGGCUAUGCCUACCUCACCUGGGCCCAGGCACUCGGCAAUGCCUCCUGGGAGCUUGUGGAUCUCGCCAGACAUGUGGCGGACCCGAACAGCAAGGUCGACCAGCACAAGCUAGCAUAUCUCACCUCCGAUCUGAGCUCGCAGGUCCCCGAGGUCGAGUUCAUCUUCUCAGAUGGCUACACCGGAGUGAAGGGAGCACCGCCAGUCGGCUCGGCCGACUAUGACUCGCACUUCUUCACGCUCAUAGGGGUCAUACAGCACCCAUUCUCCAAGGGCAGUGUCCACAUCAACGCCUCCGACCCGACUGGCAAGCCCAUAAUCAACCCCAACUACGUGUCCAACCCGUACGACCUCCGGGCUGUCGUGGAAGCCGCCAAGCUCAGCCGCAAGAUUGCCCAAAGCGCCGGUCUAGCCGAGGCCUGGUCGGAUGAGUACGAGCCUGGGUUUAAUCUGGUAACAACAGAGGCUGCUUGGGAGCAGUUCGCGAGAAACACGACGCUGAGCAUCUACCAUCCGCUCGGCACGUGUGCCAUGCUUCCAAAGGAGGAUGGAGGCGUGGUGUCGCCGGAUUUGGUGGUUUAUGGCACUUCGAACCUGCGCGUUGUUGAUGCGUCGGUCAUCCCUGUCCAGCCGUCAGGUCACAUCCAGACCAUGGUGUAUGGCAUCGCGGAGCUGGCUGCGGGCAGGAUCGUUGAGCGGUACUCCAAGGCUUAAGAGCACGCUUGAUGUUCCGGAGCUUCACUUUAGAACAGGUGGUAUGACAUCUUCCGCAGCCAUCUGCCGCGGAACUCUCAGAUCUCAGUAGGGGCGGUUUCGUUCUUAAUCCCCAUACAUAUAAAGUAUGCGGCACCCUCAUACACUGUCACUUCUCAGUAACAAUAAAUGAGCGGAACAAUUCCGCCCGGUUCACAAGUUGACCUCCUUCAAUCGCAUUUACAUUGGCCGGCAUCGUUCUUCAGGUCUUGCCACCUGUCAGACUUGACAUUGCUAUGCAAUUUCCUGCUCUUCUCCGUCUCCACGGCUACGCGAAUUGUAGUGCCGGGUUGAUCCGCAUCGGACAUGGCAGGAUACCCGGGGGCCUGGACCAACAGCUACAUCUGCACAACCCCACGUCCUCGCUCGCGGAGUUAGAGGGGUUGUACCAUUCGCCCGUUCCCUGGCAGGCUUCCCUCUGAUAGGAGCGUCGAUGAAAAUUAAUAGGAGCGUGGCAUCGUAUCGUUCCCCAAGACCCAGCGCUCAUUCGAAAAUCAAUGCCAACCUUAGAAGGCAAAGCCUCCCAGAACCUGACUAUGCUGCCAUCCCACGGCACGAGAUGCCUGAGAUUGGCGAGGUUGCCAGGUGCAGGGGUGUCAUCGCAUCAUGCAGAGCUGUAGGCAUUGCAUCCGGGGUCAC